CAGUCCAAAAUGGCGGAUGUGUAGCUGGUCUUGUACGGGAACGUUCAAUUAGCUUUAAGUUCUUGAAGUUGUACGUUAUUUUUACAUCCAUGACUUAAAGGUGAGCGAGUCACGUGACCCGCUGUCGUAACUUUGUCUUCUUAACCUUUACGGCUAAGCGGAAAACAUGCGACCUUCUAGUUACCGCGAGACCCUGAGAUCACGGGAAUACGGAGCUGUUACUUGACACAGAACGUGGCGGCGACGGACGGAACCACAAUAUGGAUUUAAUGCACCAGGACCACUACCUGAGCGAGAUUAAGGAGGAGAACCAGGACCCGGAUUUCGACGACCAGGAUCACUGUAAGAGCGAGAUAAAGGAGGAGAACCAGGACCCGGAUUUCGUCUACCAGGAUCGCUACAUAGUCGGAGUGAAGGAGGAGAACCCGGACCACCGGAACAACGAGUCCACACAGGGGAACAAAGCAGACUCGUCCCCUGGGCCCAGCGGACCGGAGAGACAGAUCAGCCCAGAGGGACCCAAACAUGCACGUUGUCCACAGCCUGACAGAGCCUUCGACUCAUCAUCACCCCUGAAGAGCCAGAGAGUUCACACCGGAGAGCGACUGUACAGGUGCAACCGAUGUGGAAAAACUUUCACUGAAAAGCGUUUAAAACAACAUCAGCGACUUCACAGUGGAAAUAAACCGUACAGCUGUGACCAGUGUGGAAAAAUGUUUUCUUCUGUGAACAGUCUAAAAACCCAUCAGCAGAGCCACACUGCAGAAAAACCACACAGCUGUGACCAGUGUGGGAAACGGUUCAGGGCACGAUGUAACCUGAACAUCCACAGACGGGUGCACACCAGAGAGAAACCAUACAGCUGUGACAGGUGUGGAAAAACAUUUAGCGUGAAGAGCGGCCUAACUAAACACGAACGUAUUCACACAGGAGAGAAGCCGUAUGGCUGUGACCAGUGUGGAAAAGCUUUCACUUGUAAAGGUGGUCUAAAUAAGCAUCAGCUGUUACACACAGGAGAGAGGCCGUACGGCUGUGACCAGUGUGGGAAAACGUUUAUCCUGAAAAGUCGAUUAAAGUCCCAUCGACAGAUUCACACCGGAGUGAAACCACACAGCUGUCAGCAAUGUGGAAAGUGUUUUAUUCUGAAGAGUGACUUGAUUAUCCAUCAGCUACGUCACAAUGGAGAGAAAUUGUACAUCUGUGACCAGUGUGGAAGAUCGUUUAUUCGGAAAAGUGACCUGAACGCCCAUCAGCAAAUUCACACUGGAGUGAAACCACAUAUCUGUGAGCUGUGUGGGAAAUCGUUUACUCUGAAAAGAACCCUUAUUGCCCACCGACGAAUUCACACAGGAGAGCGGCCGUACAGCUGUGACCAUUGUGGAAGAACAUUUACUCAGCAAACUCAAGCCAUUUCCCACCAACGAAUUCAUACUGGGGUGAAACCGCACAGCUGUGACCUCUGUGGAAAGUCUUAUUCUCAGAAACGCCAGCUAAAGACUCAUAAGCUGUCGCAUACAGGAGAGCGGCCGUACAGCUGUGACCAGUGUGGUAAGACGUUUACCGCAAAGACUAACCUAAAACGACACCAACAGAUUCACACUGGAGAGAAACCGCACAGCUGUGAACAAUGCGGAAAAACCUUUUCUCAAAAAGCUCAUCUAAAAACUCAUCAGCUAACGCAUGUAAAGGAGAGGGGCCACACAGCCGAGACCAGUGUGGGAGGCCUUUUUCCUGGACAAGUGGACUGAAUUACCAUGAAGUCACACUGCAUGCACAUUGUGACGUUUUGACCACUGCAAUCGAGGAGUUUGAGACCCACCAUCUCAUUCCACUGCACUAUAGAGGUCUGAGCAGACGCAGACCAGCUGAUUCCCCCGCCUUCAGGUUUUCAGCUAAACGUAGUAAAACACAUCUAAAGCACCUGUCUGGCUUCUCAUUACCAUCACUUCUUAUUGCUCAUUAGCCAUUUUAAACACGGAUACGUUUAACUGUCAUUAGCCUGAAGGUGCUGUGUGUGAGAUUUGGUGACAUCUAGUGGCGAGGCUGCAGAUUGCAACGUUCAGCAAAGCUCUCACACAUUAGUUUAGAUUCAACUUUAUUGUCAUUACACAUGUACAAGUACAAGGCAACUAAAUACAGUUUAGCAUCUAACCGGAAGUGCAACACAUCCUCGGACCUCACAGCCGUUUCACAGCCCUUAUUUUAAAUGUAGGACAAACUGUGCACUUGGAAAAUGAGUGUGGCUGACGUGACUGGGGUAAAGUCAACGGCAGCUCACUGGAUCGUAGUGGGUUAGUCUGGCUAUGUUCCAGCUAAAGCUGUCAGAUCAGAACAUCCAUUCAGGUACAUGUUGGGCCAAAUUACCGGUUAGGAAAUGGACCCCCUCCCCCCCACCAAGCCAACACGCCUCCCCACAGCUGCAGCCUGUAAUAGUCCUCUAAGACGUCUACCGUCUCCUGUGGCAGAGUGAAGAUUUGAUGCUUUCCUGUUUUUCCCCACUUACUGUACGGUGGGACAAACAGAACAGACAACCUGAAGUUGACAGUUUGGACUCUGGGACAUUGUGUCAUUUAUCCCCAGUAUGUUGGUACCACAGUCGCUGUGCUGUGUGUUUGGUUUCUCGCUGCCUUUACUGUGAGACAGUUGUUAUUCAGUGUGAGUCUCCCUCUGAUUCCUGCCUCUGUCUAAGCAGCUGGACUCAGUUGUAUGUGCUUUAUUUUUGGCACCAUGCACUUUUGUGACUUAUUGUGCUUCUCGUGGUGUUUGUGUGUGGUGUAUUCAAUAAAUCUGUACAAAUGAAGACGAGUUCUCUGCUUCUUCACAAGACAAAACCUUUGCUCUGACCAUUUUUUGACUAGUGACACGUU